AGUGUCAAACUGCGCCCGCUUUGAAUCGUUUCUCACUUUUCUCAAUUCCUAAUUCUCACGAACACCUUCGAUUCUCGCACAACUGGCAAACCUUCCAGUAACCAGUCUCACAACACCCCUAUCACCAUUAACCACUAAACCAACAUGGGCAACGGCGCAAAGGCUCAGCAGAAGCGUGAUCGCAACGCCAAGGACGCGAAGCCCAAGGGCUCUCAGCUCAAGGUGAACGCUGCGGCCAAGGACAUCCAGUGCCAGAUCUGCAAGGCCACCUUCUUGAAGACCACCAAGGCCCCCGCUCUGACCGAGCACGCCGAAAACAAGCACAGCAAGGGCCUUGCCGACUGCUUCCCCUCUUUCGUCGCCGCAUAAAGUGAACGAAGUUCACCUGUUGAGGUUGUGAAGUUUUGUGGCAGGCGUGGCGAGGAGUUGAGGCAGAAUUGCGCGGCGUGCGGGUCGAGGGGAGAUAGAGGCGUAGUCGGGCGAGUCGGCAUUCAGCGAAAGGCGUAAUAUUGGAAUCUUGCUCUCAUUUAUACCGGAGAAUCAAAUACGAACCUACGAGUACACA